AUGCCAUGGAAUCAGAAUCUCUCAGACUUCAACUCAUCAGCGAGUACGGAAGAGGAGGAACGGACGGCAGAGACGACGCCGAGGGCCUGGUGGUUGAGCAAUGACGACAGGAGUCAAUACAGACGGUUUGACGAGACUCUGGAGUACCUUUACGACUACCUGAUCAAAGAGGGUCCAUUUGAUGGUGUAAUGGGGUUCUCGCAAGGGGGAUGUAUGGCCGCCAUCCUCGCUGCUCUGCUGGAGAAGCCAGGAUACUCCUCGCACUUCCCGGCCGAGCCCCCAAUACCCAAGUUCAAGUUCAUGAUCUCGGUCGGUGGCUUCCUCCCUACCCCUUCGACCCCAAACCUCACCUCGUUGUUCCCAUUACCAGCCUCUCUCCCCACUCUCCACAUUACAGGCCGGAAUGACGUCGUGGUCACUCCUGAGCGGAGUCAGACGCUCAUCGACGCGUGCUUGAACAAGCGGGUAGAAGUGCAUGAUGGAGGACACUUUACACCUAGUAAAGCCAGCUGGCGGCAUUUCUUUCAUGCGUAUACAUCCUCCUUCUUGCCGGACGGAUCGAACGGGGAUGUACCGCCACCUUCAGCAUUCGGUCCUUCAGGCGCCAAUACCCCCGCUGCUGGACCUAGCAGACCCGCUACCCCGCCCAAACCAUCAUUAUAA